CAAGGUGUAUUUCAUGUUUGUUGAAAUCAUUGAUUAUGUUUUUAAACUGUUUACAUUACACAAAAUCAAUAUAAUUAUUAUGGCUUGCAAUAUAACUAUUUACAUACAUUAUAAUUUGCAAAGCGGUUAAAUAUGUGAUUAAAAUGAAAGUGUGCUGUAUUUAAAUAUUUAUCUAUGAAAGUAAUUCUCAUUCAAAAUUCCCGCUAUAAGUUCCAAUUAGUAUAUAUCUAUAAUUUUUGUAAGGUUAUAAUUACAUUUUUCUAUAAUUUAUCGUAUACUUUAUUAUUUCAAUUUAUCAAUCGUAUAACUACUGAAUACUAAAACAAAGCAUUAAAAGUAAUUAAAGAACAAUGUAAAAAAUCACCGCGAUAAACAGAGAGCCGUCAUUGGUUGACGUUUACAUAGAAGCAUUCUGAUUGGCUGAGAGCACGAUAGCUCAUUCAUCGUUUCUGCCGUGAUAAUAGCGUUCGGUGUAUCAGCUGCCGGAGUUCAACUCGGAUGUUUUGGCAGCUGAUUUUAUUCUCGUUUAUGUCGCUCGAAAACUUUCUGAAGUUUCAGUCGUUCAUAUUAUCGAAGGAUUCGUGUUGUUCUUGUCAUUCUGUGAUAUUUCAUCGAUAGUGUAAGUAAUGAGAAAUGGACGAUAAUGCUUCUUCCUUUAUUCGGGAAGUAGAGAACGAUGACGUCAUGUACUGAAACAUAAGCUGUUUUCACCUUGUUCCGAUACAACAGUAUUUCGCGGGUACAGGUGUAAAAUAGAUAGAAUAAAAGGAUAUAUUUGUACAUUGAUUGCUAAAUAAAUCAGAGGGAUUAUAAUGGAUUCUGAAGAGGAAAUGUAUGAUGAUGUUGAUUCUGGUAAUGAAUCCAGUGGGGAUGAUGUGGAUUUUGCGAUGGAAAUAGAAGCUGGAAAUCCAAGAGAAAGGGCAACGGAUGUUGACGAUUAUCCUUUUGAAGUUUUGUCUACAGAAGAAAUAGUGCAGCAUAUGGUUGACUCUAUUAAGGAAGUCAACAUUGUUGUGGAAAUACCAGCAACAACUACUCGCAUCUUACUAAAUCAUUUCAAGUGGGAUAAAGAGAAAUUAAUGGAACGCUUUUAUGAUGGUGAUCAAGAAAAAUUAUUUGCAGAAGCAAGAGUCAUUAAUCCAUUCAGAAAGGGUCCAUUAAAUAGAAAUCGAUCAUCACAGAGUUCUCUGUCUCGAAGAACAUCAACAAAUGGUACAGAAGAAUGUGGAAUCUGUUUCACAGUGCAACCAUCUGCAAUGAUGACUGGUCUUGAAUGUGGCCAUCGCUUUUGUACUGGUUGCUGGGGAGAGUAUCUCACCACUAAAAUAAUGGAAGAAGGAGUGGGUCAAACGAUAGCGUGUGCAGCGCAUGCCUGUGACAUUUUAGUUGACGAUGCCAGUGUGAUGCGUCUUGUGAAAGAUCCAAGAGUUAAACUGAAGUAUCAACACCUAAUAACCAAUAGUUUUGUCGAAUGUAAUAGGUUAUUAAGGUGGUGUCCAUCUCCAGACUGUAAUAACGCUAUAAAAGUACAGUAUGUAGAAGCAAGACCAGUCACUUGUAAAUGUGGACACACAUUCUGUUUCCAUUGCGGUGAGAAUUGGCAUGAUCCCGUGAAAUGUCAUUUACUACGUAAAUGGAUUAAGAAGUGUGAUGAUGAUUCCGAAACAUCAAACUGGAUCGCCGCGAAUACAAAAGAGUGUCCGAAAUGUAAUGUUACUAUUGAAAAGGACGGUGGAUGUAAUCACAUGGUGUGCAAAAAUCAAAAUUGUAAAACUGAUUUUUGUUGGGUGUGUCUUGGACCUUGGGAACCGCAUGGUUCUAGUUGGUAUAAUUGUAAUCGUUAUGAUGAAGAAGAGGCUAAGGCAGCUAGAGAUGCUCAAGAAAAAUCACGAUCUGCGUUACAAAGAUACUUAUUUUAUUGCAAUAGAUAUAUGAAUCAUAUGCAGUCACUGAAAUUCGAAAGUAAACUCUACGCGAGUGUGAAGGAAAAAAUGGAAGAGAUGCAGCAGCAUAACAUGUCUUGGAUUGAGGUACAAUUUUUAAAGAAAGCAGUAGAUAUCUUGUGUUCUUGUAGACAGACACUUAUGUAUACUUACGUCUUUGCUUACUACGUGCGAAAGAAUAACCAAUCUGUGAUUUUUGAGGACAACCAAAAAGAUUUAGAGGGCACUACAGAACGUCUUUCCGAGUAUUUAGAACGAGAUAUUACAAGUGAAAAUCUUGCUGACAUUAAACAGAAAGUUCAGGAUAAAUAUAGAUAUUGCGAUAGUCGAAGGAAGGUGCUUUUGGAGCAUGUUCACGAAGGUUAUGAAAAGGAUUGGUGGGAUUACGUGGAAUAGAGAUCUGCACCAGCUUCGUUUUCAGGGCGUACCGGACAAGGUUCCUUUCUUGUCGUUUUAGCCCCAGCUGUGAUAAAUCAAGAAAGCUGACAAGAGACAUAAAUAGAGCAUGUCAUUGAGUGAUUUACGUGUUAGAUAUAUAUAUGAUCUGUGGCAACACAUAUAUCGUUACUGAAUUUUGAAUUUAUUAAAAAAUUGAAAUCCUAUUAUCAUCAGGCUAAAUGUAAAGUACUUUUGUAUUAAUUACUGAUGCUAAUUUGCACUCGCUGCGUGCUAUUUUCAUCCUUCAUAAACAUGCCUUGCAAUAAUAUUUUCAAGUCUCGAAUGAAUUUUAUAUAUAUAGAUAUAAAAGAAAUUGAACAAUUUAUCGGAAAUUUGCUUAAUAGUAUAAUACGGUUCACCUUUUCAUACUAUUAUAAGAUUCUCUGGGAAAGUAUUACAUAAUCUUUGAAAUGGAAAAGACUUUUCAAGAGUUCUUCAAAUAGAUAAUGAAAAGGUUAAUAUAGCCACUAGAUUACCUUAACCUUGUCUUUUAUUCUCAGUACUGUGCACUCGAUUUAUGAAGGGAUAAAAGAAAAAAAAGGAUAGUGCUGGAUAAAAUGUCUACCAUUUUCGCUCUAUUUUGGACAGUAAUUGUGUCCAGGCUAUAACUGCCAAUUCUUUAUGAGAAACUGAAUUUAAGUGAUCGUGUCGUCAGUAUCAUGUGCAAUUUUUACAUCAACUUAUAUUAUUUUAGCUCUUACUUUCUAUGUAAUAAAUUGAAUAUUGUUUAAACGAA